UACGUCUGUCAUGUUUGGUGUAUGUCCCGCGUGUACUCUCGUGUCGGUUUGUAGAGGGUGCCGUGCUCAGGGCUGUGCGGCAUGUGUAUAUAUUCACAACGUGGAGUGUGUGGGUAGUGUACCGGAGCUCCACACUACAACGCGGAGAUGUGCGUGUGUGUACUUCGUUCCAGAGAUGGAGACACUGAGGUCCAGACAGAGCAGGACUAUGUGUUCAGCCAGAGGUGAAGUAGAGCCAACGGCCCUCAGCGCCUUUUUCCAGGAGACCAACAUCCCCUACAGCCACCACCACCACCAGAUGAUGUGCACUCCUGCCAACACCCCUGCCACACCCCCCAACUUCCCUGAUGCUCUCACCAUGUUCUCACGUCUCAAGGCCUCAGAGAGCUUCCACAGUGGCAGUAGCGGCAGCCCAAUGGCCACAACAGCUACAUCACCCCCUCCACACUUCCCCCAUGCCGCCACUGGCAGCUUUGUGGCACCCAGCUGGCCAACUGCAGCCUCACCCCCUGGGGGCCCACAGCACCACCAGCCGCAGCCAUCCCUGUGGACUCCAGCACCCCCUUCUCCAGCUUCAGACUGGCCACCCUUGGCCCCUCAACAAGCUGCUUCAGAACCUAGGGCUCACCCUGCCAUGGAGGCAGAGAGAUAAGGGAGGCCCCUCCCCCCUCCCAGGACCCCCGUGGGGCGGGGGAGAGGAUGUCUCCAUGGGCCCCCUUCACCCCUCUGUCUGCACCCUUGUGCCCUGGAGGGGAGAGAUGGACUCUAGCCAGGCAGGGAUACAUCUUGUGCCAACAUGCACAGCUGCACGCAUGCAAGUUCAUGGAGCAAAGGCAUGCAGCCCCCAGCUCUCACGGAUUUGGCUCAGAGUGGCUUGGGUGCCUGGUGAGCAGUACCU